AGUUGAGGCUAUGGCCGGCUCUCGAUCAGUGACGUUCGUUGUAACAAGCGUUGACGCCAAAGAAAAAGAAGAUGAAGAGAGCGAGGAAAAAAAUGAAGAAAGCGAAGAUCAAGCUUGCAACAGAAGGAGUGGAGAUGCACGAACGAAUAAGGAAACGGAUGGCCUCACCGACAACGAAAUGUAUAACGUUGUGGAGGAAGACAAGGAUAUGGCACUCUACGAGGAAGAGUUCCACCGGAGACCGAAAAUUUCUCAAAUUAUCAGCAAUUUAGCAAACUACGAAGGCGGGGUUGAGCCAAACGUUGGAACAUUGGAUAAUCAGGAGAAAAAACCUAAACGCAAUAAACUUGGAACGUUACUAGGUGUAUAUUUUCCAUGCAUUCAAAACAUUUUCGGUGUCAUUCUCUUUAUACGUUUAGUAUGGGUUGUUGGAACGGCUGGAUGGUUGGAAGGUUUUUUUAUUGUAUUCAUCUGUUGCUGUACAACCUUGCUUACCGCAAUUUCUAUGUCUGCCAUUGCGACGAACGGGGUCGUACCUGCAGGUGGUUCCUAUUUUAUGAUAUCACGGUCCCUGGGUCCGGAGUUCGGUGGAGCUGUCGGUAUUUUGUUUUAUCUUGGAACGAGCGUUGCAUCAAGCAUGUACAUUGUUGGUGCUGUAGAAAUAUUACUGGAAAAAGAAGUUAACAGCGAUUGUAAGGGAAACUAUUUUUCUUUUGUACAGCAAUAUAUGGCGCCAGCUAUGUCAAUAUUCGGCGAUGUAACAAAUCCAGUCAAUGCAUCUAAUAAUUACCGUGUUUACGGAACGAUUUUACUGCUGAUUUUGUUCGUUUGGGUUUUCCUCGGUGUAAAAUUCGUCUCAAAGUUUGCAACUGUAGCUUUGGCUUGUGUAAUAUUCAGUAUAUUAUCUAUUUAUAUUGGAAUCUUUGCCGCUAAAAGUGGUCGGGGACCUAAAAUUUGCAAGCUGGGAGAGCGAUUGUUAACUUCCGAUUUAGUAGAUGGUAAUUGCCAACACGGAUUUGGCAAUAACAGCAUAUACUUAAAUUUUUGCGGCAAAUCUGAAGUUUUCAUAAAUAAUACAAAAUAUAAUAUACCCGAACUCAAUUACGAGAACUGUUCGAUGAUCCCACAAGAAAUUAAGGGACAACUUCAACCAGAAUGUAAAUUUUUUUGUGAAAAUGAAGUAAAUGAAAUUUGGGGAAUACCCGGUCUACCCUCAGGAGUUAUAAAAGAUAAUCUAAAGAACAGAUACAGCAAAGAAGGCUCUAGAAUUGGUGAAAACGAACCUGGAAAUCGGAGCAGGGGCGAAAUUGUAGCAGAUAUUGCUACAUCAUUCACGAUACUUUUGGCAAUCUUCUUUCCAUCCUGUACAGGAAUAAUGGCGGGAUCAAAUAGAUCAGGUGAUCUAGCUGACGCUUCAAAGUCUAUUCCAGUUGGAACUAUUAUGGCAAUUCUAACGACUUCUUUUGUCUAUUUGUCGUCUGUCAUUUUCUUUGGAAGUACCAUUGAAGGACAAUUACUCCGGGACAAAUUUGGAGAGAGUAUCGGUGGUCGGUUGGUUGUGGCGGAAUUAGCCUGGCCAAAUCCAUGGGUUAUAUUAGUUGGGUCUUUUUUGUCUACUGUUGGUGCAGCGUUGCAAUCGUUGACUGGUGCUCCACGUUUAUUGCAAGCGAUUGCUGCCGACGGCGUUAUUCCUUUCUUGGGGAAAUUUGCUAAGACGACCAAGCGGGGGGAACCUCUGUUAGCCUUAUUGAUGACGGCUUUCAUUUCAGAAAUUGGUAUCGUCGUGGCAAAUCUCGAUUACAUUGCUCCAAUUAUCACUAUGUUCUUCCUUAUGUGUUACGGGUUCGUAAAUUUGGCUUGCGCUUUACAAACAAUUCUAAAGACGCCUUCUUGGAGGCCACGUUUUAGAUAUUAUCACUGGUCGUUAUCGCUAUUGGGUCUGGCUCUUUGUAUUGCUCUAAUGUUUAUAUCUUCAUGGUAUUUUGCUAUUGGCGCCAUUGCUUUAGCUGCAGGAGUUUACAAGUAUAUCGAAUUUAAGGGAGCUGAGAAGGAAUGGGGAGACGGAAUUCGAGGUCUUGCGAUGUCGGCUGCUCGGUACGCUUUACAUAGACUUGAAGAAGGACCACCUCAUGUGAAGAAUUGGCGACCGCAAUUAUUACUUCUAGUCCCGGUCGAUGAAAAUUUAAAGCCUUGUCAUAAACGAAUGCUGACGUUUGCAAGCCAAUUGAAAGCUGGUAAAGGGUUAUCCCUUAUUUCUACUGUUCUCGAAGGCAAAUUGGAUGAAAGAUUCGCCGAUGCCCAAGCGGCAAAGCAGGAAAUAAUGUCAGCUUUGCAAACUGAAAAGAUAAAGGGAUUCGUAGAUGUUAUCGUUGCAAGAGACGUAGUCGACGGAUUGUGUCAUGCGAUUCAAGCAUCCGGUAUUGGUGGUCUUCGUCACAAUACAAUCAUGCUUAAUUGGCCUUAUGGUUGGAGGCACAAUCCGGAUGAGAAGGCUUACAGAGUUUUCAUUGAAACUGUCCGAAACGUUUCAGCUUGCCAUCAUGCUAUUCUUAUUCCAAAAGGUAUUGACAUGUUUCCAGAGAGCACAGAUAGACUUCAGGGAAAUAUCGACAUUUGGUGGAUCGUACACGACGGUGGUCUACUCAUGCUUUUACCAUUCCUUUUAACUCAGCAUAGAAUAUGGUCAAAAUGUAAAAUGAGAGUUUUUACCGUUGCUCAACUUGAAGACAACUCCCUUCAGAUGCAAAAAGAUAUAAAGAAACUUCUGUAUCAUCUACGUUUGCAAGCUGAUGUUGAAGUAGUUGAGAUGGCGACCAAUGAUAUAUCAGCCUAUACUUACGAAAGAACACUAAUGAUGGAACAAAGAAAUGAAAUGUUGAGACAAAUGAGAUUGAAUAAAGGAAAGUUGAAUUUGCAACCAGAGAUAAUAAGAGACAAAUCAAGAAAGAGUUCCGUAGUAGAAUCAAAAAUAUCUAUUGAACCUUCGCAAGAUAAAGAGGAAGAGCUAAACGUAUCAGACUUAAAUCAAUUCACAUACAGUCCUCCAAGAGAUAAAUCUUCGAAGACUUCCAACUCAAGUAACUUGAUGAGUAUUAAACCGGACCAGAGGAAUGUUCGGAGAAUGCAUACGGCUGUGAAGCUGAAUGAGACUAUCGUCAAUAAAUCGCACGAUUCCCAAUUAGUUAUUAUGAACUUACCAGGGUUACCUAAACACGCUCGAGGAGAGGAGAGUUACAUGGAGUUUUUAGAAGUUUUAACCGAAGGCUUGAAUCGAGUUUUACUUGUUAGGGGUGGUGGCAGAGAAGUCAUUACGAUAUAUUCUUAG